AUGAGGCUGACAGAAUUGCAGUUCUGCCAUACUCCUCCCAGGUCCAAGUGGUUCCUGUCGCAACCUACGGAGGUGGUGCUGGCCCUGGCCGGACACUAUUCGGGAGGCAAAGCCAUCACCGUGAAGAGCAUCAGUGAUGGCGUCUCAGACUGCCCCUACAGCCACACUCUGGUGGUCACCGUAGACCGCUGUCCCCGUAUAGUGACAGCCAUCACGGGCAAUAUCGCCAAACAGUCCGAGAUCAAGUUGUUUGUGAAGGCUUAUAACUACAACCAUCUCAUGCCCAGCAGGUGCUCUGUGGGAUUCCUUUGGACAAAACUGGUCAACAAGGAUGUCUUCAGAGAUCCUGCUCUGAAACAAAAGGCCCGAUGGGAGACCCAGAUCAAGUCUGAGGGGAGGUACAAGACUGGGCAAGAACAAGUGCUUCCUCAGAAGCUGCGGUUCUGGAUAGUGUUGUUCUACUCAUUAAAUAUUUAA